UCCUAGCUGCCUCCCUCCCCCUUCUCUUCCUUUCCUCCGGCCGCGAGCCCCCUCCUCCUCCCUCCUCCUCCUCCUCCUCCUCCUCCUCCUCCUCCUCCUCCAUCCUUCCCCCACCCGGUUUGUGUGCCCCUCCCGCUGCGACUGGCUGGGAGGCUCGGCCGCCCCCGCCCCGAGAGGGAGGCGGGGGCGCAAGCCGCGGCGGCCACCCGAGGCUGCGGAGGGGAACGAGAUCCGAGGCCCCAGGGCGGCCCUGCAUCUGGACACGGCACGCGGGGACUGCCUGUGCACCCCCAGCCGAGGGCCGCGGGGCCUGGCCUCGCCGCGGGGUGGAGGAGCCCAGUGCCUCCGUUGGUGACUGUCCACGGCGAUCUGGCUGUGUGCUCCUCACUGCAUUGCUUUGCAUGGACACUUCCAGCUGCCUCCCCAUCCUCAGAACACCUCCUCCACCUGCUGGCAGAUGUCUCCCGAAACCACUGAGCUUAGAGCUUCGUUUCUUUGGCCUCUAACGCCAUCUAUUAACAUCCAAAUCUUCCUUCCCCGUUUCUCCUCCUUGCCCCUCGCCGUGGGCGCCCUGAGCCUUCCCGACCCCGCGGGGGGGCUCGCCCGCGGCCCCCCAUGAGCGCACCCGGCUGACCGGCGGGGCGGCCGCGGUGGAGCCCGGGCGCCACGGGGGCGGCGGGGCCAUGGCCUCGCUGGACCUGCCGUACCGCUGUCCCCGCUGCGGGGAGCACAAGCGCUUCCGGAGCCUGUCGUCGCUGCGUGCUCACCUGGAGUACAGCCACACGUACGAGACGCUCUACAUCCUCUCCAAGACCAACAGCAUCUGCGACGGCGCCGCCGCUGCCGCUGCCGCCGCCGCCGCCGCCUCCGGCUUCCCGCUGACGCCCGAGCCCGCCGCCCUGCUGGCCGUGCCCGGCGCCCGGCGCGAGGUCUUCGAGAGCACGUCCUUCCAGGGCAAGGAGCAGGCGGCCGGGCCGUCGCCCGCCGCGCCGCACCUGCUGCACCACCACCACCACCACGCGCCCCUCGCCCACUUCGCGGGCGACCUGGUGCCAGCCAGCCUGCCGUGCGAGGAGCUGGCCGAGCCGGGCCUCGUGCCCGCCGCCGCCGCACGCUACGCGCUGCGCGAGAUCGAGAUCCCGCUGGGGGAGCUGUUCGCGCGCAAGUCCGUGGCCUCCUCCGCGUGUUCGACGCCGCCGCCCGGGCCGGGCCCGGGGCCCGCCUCCGCCUCGCCCGCGUCCCCCUCGCCAGCUGAUGUGGCUUACGAGGAGGGCCUGGCGCGCCUCAAGAUCCGCGCGCUGGAGAAGCUGGAGGUGGACCGGCGGCUGGAGCGGCUGAGCGAGGAGGUGGAGCAGAAGAUCGCUGGCCAGGUGGGUCGGCUGCAGGCCGAGCUGGAGCGCAAGGCGGCGGAGCUGGAGACGGCGCGGCAGGAGAGCGCGCGGCUGGGGCGCGAGAAGGAGGAGCUGGAGGAGCGGGCGUCCGAGCUCUCGCGCCAGGUGGACGUGAGUGUGGAGCUGCUGGCCUCGCUCAAGCAGGACCUGGUGCACAAGGAACAGGAGCUGAGCCGCAAGCAGCAGGAGGUGGUGCAGAUCGACCAGUUCCUGAAGGAGACGGCGGCGAGGGAGGCCAGUGCCAAGCUGCGGCUGCAGCAGUUCAUCGAGGAGCUUCUGGAGCGUGCCGACCGCGCCGAGCGGCAGCUGCAGGUCAUCAGCAGCAGCUGUGGGAGCACACCGAGUGCCAGCCUGGGUCGCGGAGGGGGAGGAGGGGGCGCUGGGCCUGGUCCCCGGGGCCCCGGCAGAAUGCGAGAACACCACGCAGGCCCAGCCAUGCCUAGCACAUACGCCGUGUCGAGGCAUGGCUCCUCUCCCAGCACAGGGGCCUCCAGCCGUGUCCCUGCUGCGUCCCAGAGCUCAGGCUGCUAUGACAGUGACAGUCUGGAGCUACCCCGGCCAGAAGAGGGGGCCCCCGAGGACAGUGGCCCUGGGGGCUUGGGCACACGGGCCCAGGCUGCCAACGGUGGCUCGGAGCGCACCCAGGCCCCUCGCAGCUCAGGCCUGCGGCGUCAGGCCAUCCAGAACUGGCAGCGCAGACCCCGCCGACACAGCACGGAGGGGGAGGAGGGUGAUGUCUCAGACGUGGGCUCGAGAACCACCGAGUCAGAGGCUGAGGGCCCCUCAGAGGUCCCCCGCCCUGGGCCUGCUCUGGCUGGGCCACUGAGCAGCUGCCGGCUCUCAGCCCGCCCUGAGGGAGGCAGUGGGCGGGGUCGGCGGGCUGAGAGGGGCAGCCCCUCCCGCUCCAACGAGGUCAUCAGCCCAGAGAUCCUCAAGAUGCGCGCUGCCCUGUUCUGCAUCUUCACCUACCUGGACACACGCACGCUGCUGCACGCUGCUGAGGUCUGCCGGGACUGGCGCUUCGUGGCUCGCCACCCCGCGGUCUGGACCCGGGUGCUGCUCGAGAACGCCCGCGUCUGUUCCAAGUUCCUGGCCAUGCUGGCUCAGUGGUGCACCCAGGCCCACUCCCUGACGCUGCAGAACUUGAAGCCCCGGCAGCGGGGCAAGAAGGAGAGCAAGGAAGAGUAUGCUCGAAGCACCCGGGGCUGCCUGGAAGCAGGGCUGGAGUCCCUGUUGAAGGCUGCAGGGGGGAACCUGCUGAUUCUGCGCAUCUCACACUGUCCCAACAUUCUCACGGACCGCUCCCUCUGGCUGGCCAGCUGCUACUGCCGUGCCCUGCAGGCCGUCACCUACAGGAGCGCCACAGACCCCGUGGGCCAUGAGGUCAUUUGGGCCCUGGGCGCAGGUUGCAGAGAGAUUGUCUCCCUCCAGGUGGCGCCACUUCACCCUUGCCAGCAGCCCACGCGCUUCAGUAACCGCUGCCUGCAGAUGAUUGGUCGCUGUUGGCCGCACCUUCGGGCCCUGGGGGUUGGGGGUGCUGGCUGUGGGGUACAGGGCCUGGCGUCACUUGCAAGAAACUGCAUGCGGCUGCAGGUCCUGGAGCUGGACCAUGUGUCAGAGAUCACCCAGGAGGUGGCCGCUGAGGUCUGCCGGGAAGGCCUGAAGGGACUGGAGAUGUUGGUGCUCACGGCCACCCCUGUCACCCCCAAGGCCCUGCUGCAUUUCAACAGCAUUUGCCGGAACCUCAAGUCCAUUGUGGUCCAGAUAGGGAUUGCCGAUUAUUUCAAAGAACCCAGCAGUCCUGAGGCCCAGAAGCUGUUUGAGGACAUGGUGACAAAACUUCAGGCCCUACGACGGAGGCCCGGCUUCUCUAAGAUCCUGCACAUCAAGGUGGACGGUGGCUGCUAACCCGGGUCGGGGGCGGCAGGGCCUCUGCCAGCCCCACACUAGGGCACUCUCUUUGGACCUCCAGAGGGACCCUGAUUGGACUAGACCUUUGGAGGCCUGGUGUUAUCCCUGGCUUCCAGGGAAGGGUUGAGUUUCCUGUUCUUCUCCUGGGACCGUGGAGCAACAGGCCUGACCCUGGGCACUGCCUCUUUAGGGCAGGGGCUUGGACAGAAGUUGCCCUCCGACCCCUGCUCCACCUCCCAACUGGGGCAUCCUUCUGGGCACAGCCAGCAAGGAGCUGAGUCACCACCAGCACCUGGUGUCAUUGCCCUCAGGACCUGCAGUUAACCACGGAGUGGCUCCUUGGUUGCUCAGGCUAUUGGGGCAGGGCCCCCCCCCCCACCUUUCUUUCCGGUCAGGGGGCUCCACUGGGCCCUAGCCAGAGUGGGCUCCCCAAAGCAGCUCAGACUUGGCAAGGAGGGCUCCUUUCCUCGUCCUGCCCUGUUCCAGCUCUCUGUGGGGCAUGCCCUUCAGACAUCCUUCCUAGGCUCCGUGUCCACAUUCCCCAGGGAUAACCCAGAUAGGCCUAUGGCUCUGGGAAUCUGGUCACCCAAAAGUGGGGAGCAGGGGAAGAGCGAGGUAGUGGGAAUGGGCUUGGAAUGGCAAAACAUUCAUCUAGAACUUUUCCCCAGGAUAUUGAAACCACCACUCCCAAAGGGGGGAAAUUGCCAAGUAGAGAAAACUUAGUUUUUACUGCUGUAGAAACAAGACCUUUCCUCCCAGCCAUCGCAUACCCUCAUGACACACCAGAGCUAAAUUCAGAGCUAAAAGGUGCAUGUUUCUAUACCUUCCUCCAAUCCCGAGCCUCUGGAGGGGUAAGGCCCUAGCUCUGGGAAACCUUAGCAGCACUGAGCAGCAGCUCCUGUCCUCAAGAAAUGUUUUUCUGGUGCUUGGGCAGGAACAAAAUGGCCUCUGGGUCCCCAGUGCUGUGGGUGGGAGGGAGUCACUGGGCUGCCUUCUGUGCUGGGGCCCGGAGGAAGCCAGGAGGAGGGAAUUUUGGUUCGUUUCCUUGUCCGGCUAGCUUGCUUGAAGACAUGGCCUUGGUAGGGAACCAGACCCAUGGAGCGAAGGACGAGAAGAGCAGCCUCAUCAGACUUGCCUCCCUCCACAGUCUUCACGGGCCCCAUGGGCUGUGGGCUCUGCUGGAGUGCUGGGGCCCGAGCCAGAGCCACUUGGCUUGGAAACCACAGAAUGCAAAUGGGGGUUUUUUUAUUGACUCUUGCACAGUUCUGGUAAGACCAGGUUCUGACACUAAGGCUCCAAAGACUCAGGUCUCCCCAGUUCUCCUCUCAGAACUCCCCUAGUGGUGGAGAGGCCUUGGGUUCUGCUAACAUUCACUUGGGAAGUUCUUUCAAACAUUAACCUCAAUCCAUCUUAGGGUUUCCUUCUUUCCCAUACAGGAGCCAGCUCUGCCCUAACCAUUAGGAUGCCGGUCCUGGCUGGGGCCUGGGCUUCUUUAGUUUCUCAGUCCUUUCCAGGGACCUCUCUGCUACAGCCUGGCUUGGACAUCAGGACCCAGCCCCGGCCGGGUUACCCUGUACGGAGCCCUGCAGAUCUGGGACCCCACAGCCUCAGUAUCCAGCUCCCCCGGCUCCACACCCAGCUCCGUCCCUGCUCCUGUUGAUUUUUCCUCCCAUGGCUUAUUCUGCCCUGCCCUUGGAAGACCCCCAAAUACCAAGGGUGUCUGUCAUAUUGGCAACUCGCUGUCCAGUCCUGCACGAAGCCUUGGCCGUGUGGCACCCCCGAUUCCAGAGCAGCUGGCCACACUGUCUCCCACCUGCCUGGCCCCGUCUCCAGGAGUUGCAGGAAGCACAACGUUUCUGUCCUCCAGGGGCUUGUGAAGGGCUAUGGGGGUGCCCUGGUUGCAUCUGUUUUGCCUUGCCAACUGUACCCCCUGUAGCUUCUGCUCGAGACCCUAGGACCAGAGGUGCUGCUCUCCCCAUCUCCUGGACAAAGCACAAAGGGAUGCCCUGCUUGGCCAGAGCCUGCCUUACUGAGGGAUUUUUUCUGCCCCAUGAAGCUUCCAUCCCUGAAUACAAGACUUUGGGUAAUGUCUCCCCGGGUGGGUGCCCUCUGGAAUGUCUGGCAUCAGUCCUGGAAAAGGAGGUCGGGGUGCACGGGCAGGGAGCUAGAGUGGGAGCAAGGCAGUGCUGAAAGGGUUGAUUCUAGGAGUAGGUUCAUUUACCCAUUCAUUCAUUCGUGCAACAGCCCUGAGCACCACCAGCAUUGGGGGCAGAAAAGUAAAUAGGCCACCCCAUUCCCAUCCCCCAGCUCCGCUAGGAGGAAGUUUGGCUAGCAAGUCCCCACCUUGUAUCUCCCAGCUGAGUGUGAUGGGGGUACAGAACCUAUGGUUCUGUAUGGUUCAUUAGCCCCUGGUCCUGCCAACAGGAACGAUGGGUCAUAGCGUGUCCCGCCGCACAGCUGCUCCGGGGCUCACAGACUCAUGCAGGUUGGACUUCAUGCAUGCUGAGAAGUGGCAGGGCGCUGGGCCCUCGUCCCCUGGCUUGAAGCUAUUUUUUUGACUCUCGGGGAUGAGCCCUGCUGCUGUACGGGGAGCCUGUUUGCAGAGAUGCUCCAUUUGGUCACUUCGGCAACCACAGAGCACGGCUGAGGACAGGCAACAGGGAUGGAGGGUCUGGCCACUCCUGGAGCGCUGGUCCUUCACUCACUCAAAGGAGAAUCCUCCAUAUCUCACACCUAUCACACCUAGUAAGAUGCAAAGGGGGAGGAACAUCAGAGCGAGGAAAUCGAGGCAGGACAUGCUCCAGGGCUCCCAGGCACGUGUAGAGGUUCCACAGGCUCCAGCACUCGGGUGUCCCUACACCUGUCCCUGCCACGUGGCCUGGACCCAGCAACACAGAGGAGGCUUGCCACUCAGCUUGAGCGCUUUGUCAGGCUUUGGGCUGCCUCCCCGUGGCACUAGCAGGGAACAAAGGUGGUGCUGUAUGUACCUGACCCCUGGGAGAGAGGAAGGGUGCUGCCCAGAAUUGUGGCUUUCCACUGGCCAAGAAACCACCUCAGGACCAAGGCAGCCCAGGAUUUCCUGGUCCUGUUAGAGUGGUUUGAGGGAGCCCCUCAAGAAAUGCUGCAAAAACAAAAAGCCACCUCCCUCCCAAAGCCUGCUGCUCCAAGGUUUGGCUCCAUCCUUUGCCUUUGGGCCCCUACCUGUUCCCCUGGUCCUUUGGACUAUGGGGGUGGGGAGAAGCUGCCCAGGCCCUAAUCCCUUUAAGGCGCUAGGCUGAAGACCUUCCCAGAGUGCCAAAGACCCAAUUCCUGGUGGACAGCAGAAAUGGUGAGUGGGGACAGGGCUUACCUGCCCAGAGGAGUUAACUCAAAUUGAUGCCAUCUGUCCAGCCUAUUGGUUCCUCCCCCAGGGGCCUGGCACUUCUCUCUUUAACCCUGGUGGUCAUGCUUUCUCACCCAGCCUUGUUCCAGGCCUGCAUUUCUGUAUAUACUGCUGUGUGUUGUGUGUAUGUAUUUAUUCCUGGACAAGUGUAUUCAUCUGCAGCUUCUGCCUGAGGAUAAGGUUUAGGAUUGGGUGAAGACCGGAAUACCAGGGCCAACUAAGGCAACCAGCUCCUAUUCCUUCCCCAACACCCCGGGACCCCAGCCAGUCCCAAGACUGCCCUGACAAUCAGGCAGGCUUCCCCACCAUGAGUCCAAGCCUCAGUUCUGCCCCGGCAGGGUCCUGCAUUCAAGUGCAGAGGCCUGAGGCGACCUUGGCUUGCCUCGUGACUGGCACCAGAAGGCUUGGCUCUAGUGGGCACUGCUAGUGGGGCCCUCCACGAGUGGCCCCCAGGCCUGCCUUCCCUGCACGGCCAGGCUGCGAUGGGCCUGAACCGUGAGCGGAGCUCCCCCGACCCCAAGCACAGCAGGCGGAGGCGGAGAGCGUUUUUUUGGUUUUGUUUCUGAAGUGGUGCCUGUACCUCCAGCCCCCAGGGGGCCUUCCCUGGCCCCACUUCUCUGCCCGCCCCCCAGGCAUCACCAUCCCAGCACUUUGCUCCACGUCACCCAUAGGUGCCCUCUGCCGAAUGUACCUGAGUGUAUGUAUUUAAAAGGACUGGUGGGCAUCAGAGAAUUUAUGACUUUGUAUCCAAUAAAAGAUGGUGAAACUGGACUAUC